AGCAAGCGUUCCUGUGUUGUUAUAGAAAGAUGAUUGCCCCCGUUAUCAUGACACAUCUGCCGUGCUGAGAUCUGUUUCACUGUUAUCAAUCAGAUCCGGCAUUCCUCCGUCUCAGUGGGUCACGCAGACCCCUGUUUAACUAUGGAUGACGUCAGCCCGCUGCUGUAUGUUAUUCACAAGGGCACAGCCUCCCUUCUUCAGAGACACAUCACUAAGCUGCUACUGUUCCUGCGCUCGCUGUGCCAGAGUCUGAGGCUAUAUUUAGCGCUGCCGGUUUGGUUUUAGGUGCAGAUUAAUGUGGAGCGAUGAAAAUGGGAGCGAGGGAUAUCCGAACCUCUCCGAUGAUGGAUUUUAUGGAGGAGCCCGCAGCCUGUGAUGGAAGCUAAAGGUUUAUCUCGCUGGCUGGUGGAUCUUUUGGUGUGAGCCUGCAUCUCCUCUGCAGACAGACAGACAGUAGGAGUGGGCCGCUGUUCGUCCUUUGACUUGAGGGGGACUGAGAGAGUGAGAGCAAGGCAUUCUGGGAAGCCCAGCCAGUCCUGGAUGUGGUUGAGUGUCAGCUAUCAGCCGCCGAAGACCAGUUUCUCCAAUGGUGCUCCUCUAUAUACUGAAGCUCACCUCCAGGGGCAUCAUGAGUGGAUAAGGGGCGUGGCUGGAGGCGGUGCAUAGCUCAAGGGGUGGAGCCACUGCAGUGGAUGGGAAGGGAGGUUCUGUAAAUGAUGACCAGCCUUUUCCGGCGGAGUAACGCGAACCGUAACCAUGGCAGCGGCACACGAGGAGGCGACGCUGCCUCGGGAGAGCUCAACAACAGGAGGCCUCCACGUCAGGUCCGGCGUCUGGAGUUCAGCCAGGCUAUGGAUGACUUUAAGACCAUGUUCCCCAGCAUGGAGCAUGAGGUUAUCGAGUGUGUCUUGAGGGCUAACCAAGGUGCCGUGGACUCCACCAUUGACCAGCUCCUGCAGAUGAGCCUGGAUAGCCAAGCCACGGACGACAGCUCGGAUUCUGAGGACAGCAUUCCUCCAGAGAUCCUGGGGAGAACGCUGGAGCCGGACAGCUCAGAUGAGGAGCCUCCACCUGUCUACGCUCCGCCCUCCUAUGACAUGCACAUCUAUGACAGAAAACAUCCCGCAGAUGUUCCAUCCACUCCUCCACCAAGGUUUGAUGAUUACCCACCCAGGAAUCAGCAGGUCGGAAGAUACAGGAACUGGAAUCCACCGUUACUAGGCAACCUUCCCGAUGACUUCCUGCGGAUUCUGCCUCAGCAGUCAGAGACUAUUCAGCGUUCUCAGAGCAGCUUGUCUCAGCCUUCCUCCUCCUCUUCUUCCUCCCUGUCAUCCCUGACGCAGCUCUCGUCCAGCAGUGCUCUGUCUGGGAGCGUUUGGUCAUGUGAACAGGACAGGAAGUUGAAACAGUACUUGGACGACGAGAGAAUCGCCCUUUUCCUGCAGAAUCAGGAGUUCAUGAAAGAGCUACAGCGUAACAGAGACUUCCUCAUAGCUCUGGAGAUAGAUCGUCAGAGGUGCGAGAAAACACAGUGUGGUCAUUCAUCCGCUUGCACAGAGAACUCCACCGAAGGUGAUAAUUGUGGCUCGGGGUCUGAGGAGGCCUGUUCGUCUGUUUCUGAUGAUGCCUUAUUCCUGGAGAAACUCAAGCACAUGGGCAAAUCCACAAGGAAGAAGCUUUUUGAAAUUGCGAGGUCAUUCUCGGAGAAGACCAGAAGGAAGAAGUCCAAAAAGCGAGCUCUACCCAAACAUCAGUCAUAUCCUCAUACGUCCAGCCCAGACAGUCGCUGCGUGAAGUUAGCAUCUAUUCUGGGCUCUGCAAACUCCACCAUCAAUCUCCUGGAUGAAAUAGAGGCGCCGCUCUUGGCUGAGGACAACAACCAACUCAAGAGGCUUUCAGGAAGAGAGGAAAGGGAGGAAUCAAAGGAAGUGAUGUCAUGAUGGAUAAUGGGCGGAGCAGCCAAUUUUCUCUGCAUUUAAAAGCUAAAGCAUCAUGAAGAUCAAGAUUUUACUCAUUAGUUUCCUGCAAUGCUUAAUUAAACCUGAGCCAUGAAAUCAUCGUAGUUCUUUUGUUUGUAAUAUUCUGCUUCAACAGUUUGUGACCGGCAUGCGGUGUAGCAGAUCAGAACAUGCUGUGCUGGGACUCGGGAGUCAGAACAUCCACAAGCACAAAAACCCCAUUAGUCAGCUUGAUAAGAAAAUCUGUGUUUAUCUCAGGAGAAUUGAAAUGGCAUGGAGCCCAUGCCAUGUUAUAGAGAUAAUCCUCUUUCCAUUUCUCAUGAUCUUAUUUGAUAGAUAAGAUAUUACUUUGAUAACUGGGUGAUUGAUUAAAAAUUAGUUCUCAGAUUUAGUUGCAAUGUUGAUAUGUUUUCAACCCGCUCACUAUCUAAAAUCAUGCUUCAAGACUUCAUUUCACCAUUCAUUCCUGAAAUGAACAUUCAUGAUUUUAUUCUUAGUGUGUGAAGUAAAAUCUGGUUGUGGGAUUGUGGGAUAGUAAAUAUUAAAAACUAAAUUGUAAUAACUUUCAUAAGUUUAGGGCUGUUAGCUCACUGUAAAUUGCUAUUGAUUUUCAAAUAAUCAUUAUGUUUGUUAUUAAAUAAAUUACAUUAUGAAAUCAA